CUGCGCCUUGGCCCGCCCCUUCCCCCGCGGCCACAGUCGGUUCCGGCGGCGGCUGGGGCCUGCAGCGGGGCGCGGAGCGGAAGAUACUUUCUCCACAUUUGGAUGUUGUAUAGCAAGCAAUCAAUUUCUUAGCUAUUAGUCCUCUUGCUGAUAUUGAAGAUUACCUCUAGUAAGUUGGGUGGGCCAGGGCUCUUUCUAGUAUUUUUCAACAUGUAAACAUUUUAUGCAUUUUGGGGAGAAGUCCUCCAGAGUCUCCCCCAAAAAGCCCACUUCAGGGGUAAUCUCCAACAAAAGAUGGCAGGAUUUGGCUCUAGAAAUGCCACUUCCUGUGUCAUGUCGACCACUUGACAGUGACUCAAAGUGCUGAUCGUCCCUCCUUAUGGGGUGAACUCCAUUACUCUUCUAUCCCAAGGAAUGAGGCUGAAGCAAAAUGAAUGAACAUCCUAAAAAGAGGAAAAGGAAGACUUUACAUCCUUCACGUUACUCAGAUUCUUCAGGUGUCAGCAAAUAUAUAGACAACAAUGGAAUAUUUUCUGACCACUGCUAUAGCGUCUGUUCUAUGAAACAGCCAGACAUAAAAAUUUCUGAAAACAGAGGUAGAUUCCAAGCUCCUGCACAGACCCUAGAUACUGAUGAUGAUGGCAGCCCAGUGCAUGCCGGGACAUCUCAUUGGAGUGGGGCACAGUCGAAUGUCAUGGGGUUGCACUUUACAGACCCAAAAAAGAAAGAGAAAAGUGCUAAUAAUGGAAUUUAUAAAGACAUGUGCGAGUCUCCUAUAUUCGGAGACAGUCCAGCUGAAGAGGAGAAACCCAUAGAUAUUCAAACCAUAGAAAUUUCGACUACAGAAGUUAAUGCUGUAGAAGUUCAUGAUAUAGAGACGCAAACUGUUUCACCUGAAAAGCUAGAAGUCGAAGACAUUGAAGAAAUGCCUGUUGAAAGCUGUAAACUUUUUGAGAAGAACCAGGCUUUGAAUAUCACUGCUCAGCAGAAGUGGCCUUUGCUGAGAGCCAACAGUAGUGGCCUAUACAAGUGUGAGCUGUGCGAGUUUAAUAGCAAGUACUUCUCUGAUUUAAAGCAGCAUAUGAUCCUGAAGCAUAAGACAUGUACAGAUACCAAUGUCUGCAGAGUAUGUAAAGAGAGUUUCUCCAGCAAAGUUCUGCUGAUUGAACAUGUAAAAAUACACGAGGAAGAUCCCUACAUCUGUAAAUACUGUGACUACAAAACAGUGAUAUUUGAGAACCUCAGUCAGCACAUAGCAGAUACUCAUUUCAAUGACCAUCUGUAUUGGUGUGAGCAGUGUGACGUACAGUUCUCCUCGAGCAGUGAGCUGUACCUACACUUCCAGGAACACAGCUGUGAUGAACAGUAUCUGUGUCAGUUUUGUGAGCAUGAAACCAAUGAUCCAGAAGACUUGCAUAGCCAUGUGGUGAAUGAGCAUGCAUGUAGAUUAAUAGAGUUAAGUGAUAGCUAUAGCAACAAGGAGCGUGGACAGUACAGCCUCAUAAACAAAAUUAGCUUUGACAAAUGCAAAAACUUCUUUGUAUGUCAAGUGUGUGGCUUUAGGAGUAGGCUGCAUACGAAUGUCAACAGACAUGUAGCUAUUGAACACACCAAAAUAUUCCCCCAUGUUUGUGAUGACUGUGGGAAAGGCUUUUCAGGUAUGUUGGAAUAUUGCAAGCAUUUAAAUUCUCAUUUAUCUGAAGGGAUUUAUUUGUGUCAAUAUUGUGAAUAUUCAACAGGACAGAUUGAAGACCUUAAAACUCAUUUGGACUUCAGGCAUUCAGCAGACUUGCCUCACAAGUGUACCAAUUGCUUAAUGAGGUUUGGAAAUGAAAAAGAUCUUAUAAGUCACCUUCAGAUACAUGAGACAGCUUGAUGUUUUUUCUUCUGUAGUCAAUUUAUUAGAAUUAAAAUGUAUUUUCCAAUGUGUCUUAUGGUAAUAUUAAAUACAGUUGUAAUAGAGAUUCUACAGUGGAUAAUUGUAAUGCCAGUUGACUGAUUUUUUUUUUUUUUUCCAACAAAACACGUUUAAUGACUGGUAUGUUUAUUUUUGGGAAUUUCCUGGCGUUUGAGCUUGGGUGGACAGGGAACAACUAUAUUUAAAAGAUGAUUGUUCAGUCACGUGGCGAGAGUUGCAUGUUAUAGUAGCCAUUUUAAAGGUCAUUCCAUCUGCUAACAUGUAGUGAUAUGUGUGUUUGACAUGAAGAACAGGAAGGCAGCUCUUUCUGGAUAAGAAAAAUAGAAAUUUGUUGUCUC